GUGCACGUGCGUGUCUGCGCACGUGUGUGUUUGCGUGUGCGCCCCUGGGGCAAAGCUCUGCGUGAAGUGGCUUCUCCGCCCUGCCCAGACUGAGCUUCUUUUCAUCUCGGCACGCAGUUACGUAUCCAACAUACGUGUCCAACUAAAGACCGUUGGAUACGUGGCACACGAGCACGUCGCUUUCUGGACGUUCUGAGAGGGUUCUGUGCGCGUGUCGCUCCCGAUUCGGGCAGGAUACCCCGAGGUUUGCGCAAGAUCGAUGAUUUCCUCACGAGUAGCUGAACUUCCUUCAAGGAAAGCCGCGCGACUGUUCGAGAGCGCUCGGCGGUGAGGGAGGCCCGGAGGGCUUCUGGCCCUCUUCCCGUCGUUGGCGAGCCAGCGGAGAAGGGCUUUGGCUGGUAAACCGAGUCGCCGAGGCCUCUCCUUGGGAGCGACUGAUGCUCAGAGCGCGGGAGGAGGGGUUCCGGGCACAGCUUUUGCUGCCAGUGAUGGUGGUUUGGGCUGGCUCUGUGGGGGACCCUUUGAGGCACUGCGUGCGAGUGUUUUGUGCUUCUGUUGCUGCUGCCGAGACCAGGGAGAGGACAAGAAGCUCGUCGGCCCCCCUCGUGAGGGAUGUCGGCGAGAGAAGCGGGGCCGAGAGGGUGGCUCCGUCCUGCCGAGGAGUCUCCUUGUGGCCUUCGGGCCUCCGCCUGCCGCCUUGUCAAGCCGCCGUGGCCGGAUGGCUCCCUCUAGCGGAGGUGAUGACGUUCCAGGAUGUGGCUGUGGACUUCACGCGGGAGGAGUGGCGCCUCCUGUCCCCUCCCCAGAAGGAGCUGUACAAGGAGGUGAUGCUGGAGAAUGCCCGGAACCUGCUCUCUGUGGGGCUUCCAGUUCCCACAGAAGAUGUACUCUCUUAUUUGGAGCAGAGCGAAGCUCCAUGGAUGCUGGAGCAAGAAGACCUGAGGAGCUGCCACCCAGAAGGAGAGAUCAGACCAGAAAUGAAGGAGACUCCAACAGAGAUGAGCCCUUCUGUGGAAGAAACAGACCAGCAAAUACUCAUGAGUGAUGUUCCAGAUAACGUAGCUUGGAGAGAAUUCUGCGUUGAAUCUCAAAAUUCACCCUAUUCUGAACAUCAAAGAAUGAAUUCUGAGGAAAAGUCUAGUGAAUGCGAGCAAAGUGGAAAGACAUUCAGAUGGAGACCCAAACUUGCUGGACAUCAGAGAAUCCACACUGGGGAGAGAUCUUAUGAAUGCAAGCAAUGUGGAAAGAUAUUCAGUCGGCGAUCCAAUCUUAUUAAACAUCAGAGAAUCCACACUGGGGAGAGACCAUAUGAAUGCAAGCAAUGUGGAAAGACAUUCAGUUGGAGUUCCCAUCUUGCCCAGCAUCAGAGAAUUCACACUGGGGAGAAACCUUAUGAAUGCAACCUAUGUGGAAAGACAUUCACUCAGAGCUCCACUCUUGCUCGACAUCAGAGAAUUCACACUGGGGAGAAACCUUAUGAAUGCAAACAAUGUGGCAAGACAUUCAGUCGGAGCUCCUAUCUUGCUCAACAUCAGAGAGUCCACACUGGGGAGAAACUUUAUGAAUGCAAACAAUGUGGAAAGACGUUCAGUCGGAUUUCCCAUCUUGCUGUACAUCAGAGAAUCCACACAUGAGAAACAUGAAUAAAAUUAAUGUAAGAUGACUUUCAAACAUCUCCAAUCUUUCUCAGCAUCAGAGAAUUCAAAAUGGGAAGAAACCUUAUGAAUGCAAGUAAUGUGGAAAGACAUUCAUAUGGAACUCCACUCUUGCUCUGCAUAAGUGAAAUCAUAGUUUCACAUAGAGCUCUCAUCUUGCUCUAAGAUUAGGUAUGUAUUUAUAUAAUAUUCUUGUAUAUAAUAUUUAUAUAAUCUUAUAAAUUUUUGUACAUAUUAAUUGUAAGUUGAAUUUGAAUUAAUAUCUUUAGGUUCUUAUUUCUGUGUAGUCAGAAUGGUAUUGUUUAUAACUACAAUUAUUUGUAAUUUUGUAACUAAUUUGUAAUUUUGGGUAAUUUGAAACAUGUAAAAACCAAGAUUGAUUUUGCUUUCAUUCUC